AUAUAGUUCGGUUUCACUGGACACCGAAGCAACUUUUUGUGCAAAGCUAGUUAGCUAGCGGUGUAAUACAUCGAUUUUUCUCCUCUUUCGUUACGUUUUUUUUUUAUGGGUCGUUGGUUUAGUUUAGCGUUUACAUUUGGAUAUUUAAUAAUUAACAAACGCUCGGGUUUUAUUCAUCACAAGGGGACGGCAUUUUUUUUUUUGUAGCUGUCGCGGCUAGGCAGGGAAGAGCUAGUUGUUUGCGUUGCUAAGCUAACUCACCCUGUCCGGGGAAAACGGCAGCAAGCGUCGACUUUGCGCUUCUCGGUCCAUCUGACGGUACUUUCGUUGACUGCAAAAGACUCCCAGCAUGCUGAUGGUGGGAGGCGAUGGACGGUUACACUAGAAUGAGUGUGAAGGAGCUGUGCGAGACCGAUGACCUGGCCACCAGCUUGGUGCUGGACCCUCUCCUGGGUUUCAGCACCCACAAAAUGAACAUCAGCCCCAUCCCGGAGGUCCGACGGUGGGGUAACCUGAAAGAGACUCUGUUACGAUUCCAGCGUACACAUGACUUCCAGGCUACAUUCGAGGCCCUGACAGUGGGGGAACUGGCUGGUGCUUAUUUCAAUUCUUUGGGAAGCCAUCGGCAAGAGCUGCUGAGGCAACAUGUGUAUCGCUACCUCAAUGCUUUCCUCCUGAAUAGCGGUAUUAAGAUAGAGUCCUGCGACAGAUAUUCCUCAGAGACCAAUGGGGCCAAGAUAACCUCGACACGGCACUGGUUUGCAGGCGAGCGCGUGGAGGUCCUGCUGGGCUGCAUAGCAGAGUUGAGCCCUUCUGACAGCGCCGUGCUCAGGGCGGGAGUCAACGACUUCAGUGUGAUGUAUUCCACACGUAAACGUUGCGCUCAGCUCUGGCUCGGGCCUGCAGCGUUCAUAAACCAUGACUGCAAACCAAACUGCAAGUUCAUCCCUGGUGAGAAGAACAACGCGUGUGUUGAAGUGAUUCGACCUAUCUCACCUGGGGAGGAGAUCACGUGUUACUAUGGUGCCAGUUUUUUUGGUGAAGGCAAUGAAAUGUGUGAAUGCUGCACCUGUGAAAGGAGAGGCGAGGGUCACUUCAGACACAGAGGGAAGCAACCUGAAUCUGAAGACACGAAGGACUCUGUGGGCCAGAAGUAUCGUCUGCGAGAGCGAUAUCUUCGUCACAACCGAGAGAGGGGUCACUGUCCCACGAGGCCGAUAAUACCAGGAAUACACUCUGGUAUCUUUAAAGCCAUCCCCUCAAGGAACUCCUUUACCCAGCAGAUGAGAAGAAAUGCUCUGAUCAACAGAAAACUGAGUCAGACAAAGAAGUGGAGACAAGAGAGGCACAGAAGAUCAAGAAAGUAUCCGCUGAAAUCCUCUGCAGGCAAACGGUGUCACGCACUUCCACUUUCCCAAGUUACACUGAAGGACCUCAGAGUGCGAGUGCGACGCCACUCUGUGGAUUUUCUGCUUCACUGUAAGGACCCAAGAAGUAAAGAAAGGACACUCCUGCAGCUGCUGGAAGAAAUGAAGCCAAAAGAUAAGAAACCUAACCAGCUGAGUUCAGCUGGUGAACAAAACGGCAGCAGAAAUAAAACAUCUGAUGACUUGAAGUGCAAAAUGCUGACUCUGAAUUCCUCCAUGUCAUCUCAUCAGAAAAACAGAGCAGCAGUCAUCUGUGCAGGACAUGAUGGGGACACCAGGCAGGCAGUCCAACUGAGGACCUCUUCCAGAGCAAGGAGCAUGGGUCCCACCAUGCCAACGCAUCAAAAGGGUGCUAGUAGCGUCGCUAACACUACAGCAGUGUGUCACCCCGUGGAGCUAAACAAAACCUGUAGUACAAAAAAACAAGAGAAAACGGACACGACAGCGGACACUGAGAGCAGCAGGAACACGUCCAGUGGCAAAACGACAAAUCCCCCAACUCAACAAAGCGAGCACACUACAAAACCUGCGUCAUCCUCGUUUGACGUUCUUCAAGACGUCCCAGAUGGACCCAAGAAAGCAGCAGACAAGCCUGGAACGUCUCUGAAUCAGUACCUGACCGUCAACCUGACAAGGUUAUCAGUAACACAAAGUGUAGAAGCAGAAAAGGACUUUGGGGACAAAAAGGGAAGGAUGACAGUAAGACAAAAGCGGAAACAAAGACAGAUGCUUGGGCCGGGUACUUCAAGAAAACAGACAGAAACGAGAGCAACCAGAUCUCAGGACCAGCAGGGAGGAAGCUUGGCGAUCGGCACAGUUGAAGGUAGCAGGGGGGUUAGAGGGAUGUUUUUCAAGGCUGUCGAUAAAGUGAACUUAAGGAAACGACACGCGAGCAAGACUGUGGAGGAGGUGUCCUGUGGGGAGAAGAGUGGGAAUGACAAGAUUAUUGAAAUCCAGACCGUACCGGAAGAAGGUUCGAUGCAGGCAGAGCAGAAGGACCUCACCAAAGACAAAAAUAAAGGGCAGAAAGAAACAAGGAAGUCUGCAGCUACACCCGUGGAAAGUAAGAGUAAAGAAUCAGAUUGUGAAACAAGUACAAAACAAACCACACAAAGUCCUCAAAAUAAGAUCAAAGAGGUGUGCAGCGAACCGUCAGAACAAACGGUGAGCAGCACGAGUAAACAGCUAGCAUGUCCACAAAGAGACGACGUGGUCAUCAAGCAAGCAAAGGUUCUGCUGUCUGACAUCUUAGGGAAAGAUAAACUUGGAAGAGAUGUGCGAUUAGGGAGGAUCUUUGAAGGAAAAGGGUACCUUACGUUAGCUCAUCCUGAAGCGGAGGAUGGCGGCGUAAUGCAAAGUGGUUCCGGGAAUAAGAAACUGACUGAAAUGAAUGGAGCCAAGUCCAGUUGUCUGUUGCAGAGAAAGAACUUGGGGAGACGGAAUGCGAGGUGCAGAGUAGCAAAGAAAUUAUGUGAAAAUAAACGUUGCACCAGAGGACAGUUAAACAGCGAAGAUCUUGGAGUAAGUAAACCAGAGUCAAAUGACGAUAGUUUUCAGGUUCAGUCACGACAUCCGCGUGAUGGCCAACCUGGUGCCUGCUUCACCUCACUACCUCAAGAGUUGCCCGUUUCUUCAAAGGCUCUGGCGACUCCAUAUCCAGACAUCAGUACGCAGAUGCAUGUGCAGUCCAACAUACCGCUGAAAAAACGCACAUUUCGCAGUUCUGUGGAAAUAGAAUCAGAAAGAGGCUUUAGUUGUGUUGCUGAGCAAGAUUCUAAAGAAGCUGAGUUACGUUUGUCUGCGGAACAUAGCCGCGGCCAACCUCUAGGGGAGGGUAGUAAAACACGAAAAGACGGUAAAUACAAAUUUAGGAAAGUCGAAGUCAAGUUGGCCCCCAAAAAGGUCUCAAAGCAAACCGCCAUUAACAGAGACCUUUCUCCCAGAGGUAACGAAGUUCAGCACGGUCGCUUACUUCGCAAAGCCCGAAAGAGUACAUUGGAGAAGGAAGGUGAAAACAAGACUGAUGAGGGUCAAUUAGCAGAGGGUGAUCAGGCAGAGGAAAAAGUCGAUGAUCCCAAAAUCUGCAAGAACACUCAAAGUACAAAUAAAUCUAUGGCAAGUGGAAUGGGACCGUUACCGCUCCAAAGUUGUCUGGAGGAGGAAACGAAACCUGGGAUCAAUUUUAAGAUACGUUUAAAGAGAAGACGAGGGAAACUGUGGGAGAUGGAGAACGCAGCGUUAGAGAAUUUGUCAUUUAAAGCAGAAACGGCAGAUAAUUCAGUGACUUGUGAUCCUUUUAAAGCCAUCAUGGAUUCCGUCUCCAUUUUAAACAUGGAGAUGGAAGCAGCUCAGGCUCAUGUGCAGGCUUGUAAGAAGUCCAAGAGUAGGCUGCAUCAUUUGAAAAAGAGAGGGGAAAGGCUGAGCGAAAGGCGAGGUGUAAAUUCCUUCAUAGACUUGAAGCUUGACAAGGACCAAGACCGCAGAUGUGGGCCUAAUGACUUGACCAGCAGCAAAGUGAAAAAUAAAGAGAAACUCGAUGAGUUUGUGGAAGGGCUUCCAGAAAAUACAGAGAGUUCCAACAAUAACUUGGAGAAUUGGGCAGCUGUAGGACAAGAAGAAAAAAUCGAAGACUAUUUUACAAAGAAUUGUUGCUUAUUUGAUGCAGAGUCACAAAAACAAAAACCUGAAGUAGAUGCUAAUGGUGUACUGUUACCAAUAAUUAAACUACGCAGAAAGACGGAGGAUAUUUGGGAGGUGGACAGCAAGAGCGAAGAAGACAUUCAACCUGACCUCAAAGUAGAGCCAAAGAUGAAUGAGAUCAAGGGCCACAUUUUAGUGAAACAAAAAAAACUUGAUUUUAACAAGUUAAGGGACGAGUGUCCGUCUUCUCAGAAGCAGAAUAGCACCUCAGUGCCACCCUUUUCCUUGUCUUUGUCCCCGCUGUCGCUGUCGUCACCCGUUACUGACACUAAAACCGACGCUUCUGUUGUAGACAGAAUCACAGAGCAUCCAGAGAACAGUGGAGGUCGAAAGCAGAAGCACAAAAUGGAGAGAACACGCAAGUGUGAACCUGUAGAAACCCCCACCACUUGUCUUAGCCACACACUCCAGCAAAUUGACAAUAGUCUCUCGAAGCUCUCCGAGGGCUUGUGUGCCUCUCAGAGUUUGGAAAAGCCAUCGUCCUUUUCCACUGCCUCUAAUUCUGUCAUCCAACCCCCGUCUCAGACUCCUCCCUUUGCAACUGCAGACAAUAUGCUUUCCAAUGACGCCGCCUUCACAAACUGUUGCGACGAUAUUCUGGACUUUCAGUGUCUAAAUUUUGAGGGGUAUUAUCAAUCACAGAACAUACUUCCAUCUUCUCCAUCAGAUCUAUGUUCAAUAGACGCACCCACAGACCCUUUCAGCAGUCCACUGUCUCACAGCCCCUCUGACACUUGGAACACAGAAACCCCAUACCUUGGCCCGCCUAGUCCAGGAAACAACUUCACCAGUGAAGAUCUGCAGUUUUUCCCAGGUCUUAUUUCUUCCAAAAGUGACACUGUUCCUCUGGACUGUGAGGUGAAGGAUGCCUCCAAAGACAGAAAUCCACCUAACUCCGGAUUUAAUUUGUCAGCCGUAGGCACUGUCGAGUUGGCUGCUAAGGAUCAACUGACGAGUAAAAACCUUGGUGUAAAGUUGUCCAAGGAAGACUUGAAAUCUCAGUCCUUAUCUGCUGGAAACAGGUCUCGGCCUCUCGGCACAGUAUCUGCUGCUGUUUCAUCUCAAACACCUGUCACGUCAGACCAUCUCCCCAGCCAGAGCAUCAACAUUAAAGCUAGCAGUAGCCAAUCAAAAGCCCAGGCUAACCUUAAAACCCAGGUCCCUUUUCAUCGUAUGACCAUUCCAAACAAAGCCCAGCCUCUUUCCAUGAGUCAGUCAAAUGCAGUUAGAGGGAUAUCCCAGGGUUCUUCAUCAAAGUCUAUCCCAUCAUCUCAAGCAGCUAGCAAAUUCCUCUCGCCUCAGCUAUUCUCUGUGAAAACCCCCAACCCCCCUGACAAUCCCUUGAACUUCCAGGAGAAAACCUCUACAGUCAUUCACAGGGUGCUUAAGUUCCAGGGUGGGAACCAGACUCAGAACUUGUACAGUGCACCUUGUAAAGACAUCGUUGAUGCCUGCAGACCCACCAUCAUGCCCAAAACAGCCAGUGCAAGAUCUGGUGCUCCUGAGAAGAGCCUCAGUCACAAACCAGGCUUUAAUGCAGACUGUCAUCAUAAAGCUAACAUCGCUUUUCAAGGACUGACUUCUGGAAAGGAUGUUGGAACGUCCAGCAACCAAAGUCGGCCAAACUCUCAUUUCAACAAAGUAAUCUCUCCUUUCCCCCAAUUUUUUAGCAAAAGUAAAUCGACAUCAGACAAACAGGAAAGUGGUGAUGCUAGCUUACCAUACAAAAACUUCUCUGCGUUGCAGACGCCCUUCUUCUUUCCUACCAAGAUGGCGGAAGGCUAUUUGUCACCACAGGACAAGAGCUUGAAACAUGAUAAAUCUUCUCCAUUGACCUCAGACAAACACCAGCCAUGUUACACUCAGCAUGAUCCGUUUGAUUUUAGUUUUGGUGCGUCACUUUCACCUGUGUCCCAGCACAAUAGUCCCCAAAUACUGCACAAUACCCCACCUGGAACACCAGCACCAACACACAAGAGUCAGACUUCAUCGUCUUCAGCGUCUUUCCCAUACAGCUGUCAAGGUCCUCCUUAUGUCCUAAAUUUCAGUGGAGAUCAUUCAUUGACUUUGGGUCUCAGGGACGGGGUUGAUGGUUCAGGUUACCCAGGAAUAGGCUCAACAAACUAUACCUAUCAUUGUCUGAUGGAACCAUCGGGCACUCAAGGGCGACUCGUUCUUGAGCCCUGCGGACCCCAGCUGCCGCACCCAGCAUCCUAUUCCUUGGGCGGAUUUUCAGGGCUUAAAAGUCAGGAUGACAACUGCAGGAAGGACGUGCAGCAACAGUGCCAGCCUGGCAGUCAUCCAGCCGGCUCCCAGUACGGGCCUGCGCCAACGUCUCACCCCGUGGGUGCCACAAAACCCAAGAGAGUCAGGCUGGUGGUAACAGAUGGCACAGUAGACUUGGAUCUCCAGUACUCAGACUGAUUUAUAUCUGAUCAUUGAAGUCACUGAAAACAUGUAGUAGAUGUUGAUUUUGAUCAAUACAGUUUCUGCUGUAUAAUUAUUUUUUUUUUGUUUUUGUAAAAAAAAAAAAAAAGAAAAUAUUGUAAUUCAUAGUCCAAGUGAGUUCUGCUUACUGACUGACCUUUUUCUAACAAUUAUUUUCAACUGUUAACGUAUGAAUGACUGUACAGG